GGGCGUGGCGGCCGCGGUGGAAAUAGACACGAAGGGGUUAGAGGAGGGGAAGGGGCCGCGCGUGUGGUGUGAAGUGUGAACGGGGGGACGAUUCUCUGCGUGCGGUCUAUUUUUGCGGGAGAGACCUCGCGGACGACGCUACCUGGGAUCUCUCUCUUCCUGGGUCCUGGACCUCCGCCCACUGAGAUUCCGCUGGUGAUCAACCGGUCAAGAUGACGGAGAACUUACCCGAGGAGGUAACGAAGUCGAGUUUCCGUCGCAAGGUGUGGGACUACAUGAUGAAGAACGAGCUGGUGAAUUUCCCGGUUAGCAUAUACAAGCGUAUCCCGAACUUCAAAGGCGCCGCGGAGGCGGCGCAGCGCUUGAUCGAGCUGGACGAGUUCAAGAAGGCGAGAGUCAUAAAGAUAAAUCCGGACAAGCCGCAGGAGCCGGUGAGAUUUUUGGCCCUGCAGGCGAACAAGGAGAUCAUCGUGCCUAUCCCCAGAUUGAGAACCGGCUUGUUCUUACACGUCACGCCGGUCGCAAGCGCGACGAAAGAACAGCUGAAAACGCUCGUUUCCACGCGCGGUCUAGAGCAAGCGGGUAAACCGCUUGGGUUAGAUUCCAAUAUCAAGGUAAAAUAUUUCACAUAUAAUUUUAGAACGCUAAUUCGCUCAAUGGAUAUAAUUA